CAAACGGAAGUUACAGAACAAGACGAGGAAUAAGAAAUGUACUGAAAAACUUUGGUAUAAGAUAUGACAACCGGAUCUUAGACUUUAACGCUUGAUGGCCCCUAGUAAAAUUUCACGGAAUCACCUAGGCAUCUGCUUUCGCUAUUUCCAAAGAAACCCGAUCAUGUUGGAAACAAAUAUUAUCCUCCCAGAUUCCCAUCACCUAAUAUCAUAUAUGUAUUAUAUAUUCAUAGCAUUAGAUUCACUCCACGUGCCCUGAGUGUGUCUCAACCCUUGCUGCCACACUUUUGCUCCCAUUGUUAGAUCUCCAUCUUCCUUCCCCAUGGUUUCCCCUAAAAUAUCAGAAACUUGUGUUGAACACAAGGUUGAAGAGGCUGAUCAUGAUAACUAUCAAAGGGCCAAGAGACUGCAACGAGCUCAAUGGCUUCGAGCAGCAAUUUUAGGUGCUAGUGAUGGUUUGCUCUCCACUACGUCACUAAUGCUUGGUGUAGGUGCAGCAGAAGAAGAUGGACAAUCCAUGAUUCUAUCUGGACUAGCUGGAGCUUUUGCAGGUGCCUGUAGUAUGGCUGUUGGGGAGUUUGUUUCUGUAUCAACCCAGAGAGAUAUUGAAAAGGCAAUUGCUUCUUACCGUAGUUCCAAAAAUAGUGAGCAUGAUGAUCUUGUGAGCAAGCUCGACAUCACCGCCACUCAGCCUAGCAAUGAGGAAGAAACCAAGCUCGGUGAGACUAACUUAGCUGUGAACACUUUGGAAAAUAUCCAGCGCGGCAAACUCAUCUGUGAACCGAUAGAGAAAGUGUCGCCAAGUGUAAUACUCGAGCCAACGCUGCCUUCUUCUAUAACUCCCGGGAGCUCUCCUAUGAUGAAAGUUCUUAAAAAAGAUGCAACUGGAAGUUCUGGUACAUCGUGUGAGGAUAGCAGAGAGGAGGUGCUGAUCACAAAUCCCUACAAGGCUGCAGCUGCCUCAGCUUUGGCUUUUCUCUGUGGGUCUUCUGUGCCGUUGGUGCCUGCCAUUCUUCUUACUCAAAAAGUUAUUAGGAUGGUGGUGAUUGCAGUCGUCACAUUAAUGGCAUUGGCUCUUUUUGGCAGCUUUGGAGCUUAUCUAGGUGGUUCACCAGUUAGGAUUUCUGCAGCAAGAGUCACGGCUGGUGGUUGGAUUGCCAUGGCAAUUACAUAUGGGUUGCUUAAGCCUUUUCAUAGUGACCACUGACCACAAGGGCAGCAUCCAUUAAUGAAUUAGGAAACUUGGAUCGUCACAACCCAUUGUGGCCAAGAAAAGGAAGGAUAAAGAAUUUUAUUUGUUACAUAAAGCCAAAAAUGCUGAUACUUGCUGAAUAUCGUUUUCCUGCUUUAUGUUUAUAUUUUCCGAUUAUACAUACAUGUGGAGCAUGAAUAUUCUCAUCAUACGGCAACUCCC